AUGGGCAAGCAACCCAACCUGUAUUCGUUUGACGGCAUCGACAGCCUAGCUACAGCCCUGCGAAAGUAUGUCCUCCAGUGUCAAAGCGCCGGCUUCGAACGCCACAACGCCUUCAAGGUCGCCGUAUCGGGUGGCUCGCUGCCCAAAACUCUCACAAAAGCCCUGCUUGCCCAAGACGAUGAAGCGGGGAAAGUAGAUUUCUCCAAAUGGGAAGUCUUCUUCGCAGAUGAACGGGCUGUCCCCCUCGACCAUGAAGACAGCAAUUACAAAGUUCUGAAAGAUGAGUUGUUGGACAAGAUACCCGAGAGCAUGGGCAAGCCCAUCGUCCAUCCCAUCGACGUGCAAUAUAUGGGUGACGUGCAAGAGAUGGCAGACCAAUACCAAGACGCUCUCAUGAAGUCCUUCGCAGCCAAAGACAGCGUCAAGAUCCCCAUCUUUGACCUCCUUCUCCUGGGCUGCGGACCGGACGGACAUACAUGCUCGCUCUUCCCCAAUCACGAACUCUUGCGCGAAUCAGAUGCCUGGGUAGCACCCAUCGAAGACAGCCCGAAGCCGCCAAAGAAGAGAAUCACGCUGACGCUACCAGUCGUGACGGGAGGGAUCAAGAUAGCUUUCGUGGCAACGGGUGAAGGCAAGAGGGAGAUCUUGAGUAAGAUUCUGGAUACAGAGGAAGGAAGGAGCCUGCCAUGCGGAUUGGUCAAUGAAGGCGGAGCGGAGAAGGUGUCAUGGUUUACAGAUCACGGAGCUGUCCAAGGGGUCAGUUUUCCCAGGAGAGGAAGCUUGUGA